AUUUUUCAAUUGACAAUAACGACUGAUCUACGUAUAUCAAGCGACCCCAAAAAACUAAAGUUAUUUUUUGUUUACAUUCAACGAGCAACGAAUGUGUCGUUCCCCUGGGCAGUAACUGUACGCAGUGGUAGAGUCGACCCACGCGUGGUCCAGUCGGUAAGUGGUCGAAUUGACCAGUGACUUGUAGUGAUGUCCCCUGACAGCUGAACGCGGAAGUUUGAUUUCGGUGGCAACAAGCUGUGUGCCGCGCUCUGUGCUCCACAUACUGCAUUAAGACGAUGACUCAGGUGGGCUACAGGAUUUCAAGUUCACGGAAGCGUAGACCGUGCUAGUCGCUGCUGACGCAGUUUGUCAAGUGUCUGCAUGUUGUCCACUGAGCCUCAGAAUCGUGUUUUUCUACGCCGUGAAUUACGGUUGCGUUAAAGCAAAAGUUAAUACACAGCAAUGUCUUUGGAAGACAUCAGAAAGAGCAUCUGGCAUGCUUUUACGGCACUAGCAAAAGGAGAAACCGGAGAAGUGGCUAGAUCACGUCUAAAGGUACUCACAAACAGCAUUGGGCGUGCCUUAGGCAAAGAAUCAGCUGAAGAAAUACUACAAGUUGAAGACAUAAGUCAGGAUUCACUGAGUUUUUCAGACUAUUUUACCAUUAUUCAACCCAGGCUGCUUGAAGCAGGUGGUGCUGAAUAUGCAUGCACACCGAAAGUUGCUUCAGAGAUUGAAGGAAUCAGCUGGAUGCUCUGUGAGGGAUACUACUUAAAAAACAAUGAUGCAGCCAACAUCAGUUCUUCUGUCAAUAUUGAUGAUGUGAAGAAACUGUGGAAAAUCUUCAAUUUUUUGGCAAAAACAUGUUGUGAAGAGAGCGUAAAGAAUGUGACUAAAUUACCAAUACGUGUUGACAAAGAGGAAGCUUACAGAACUGGGUCGUUGAUACGCCAGUUUGUUGGUUAUGAUCCUAUUGACAUACCAGUCUUUGAUCCUUGUCCUGAUGACACAGGCGACAAGUUUAAUGUUGAUUUUGUCCAGUUUUUGUUCAUUGUUUCCUCUGUGGCUGCUGAAAUGCCAGUUGAGAUGUUUCGCCUUGGUGUCAAAUGUGCAGAGGAGGAAAUCCUUGGCGGUGUGAUCAAAAAGGGUUACCUUGAAAAAUUUGGUAAUCAUGUCACCAACUGGAAAAAGCGGUGGUUCCGGCUGACAACUAAACAGCUUGAGUACUUCACGACCGACAGUGAACGAGACUUGAAAGGAGCAAUAGAAGUAUGUUCUGCAUUAAAAACAGAGAGCCUUCCUCAACGGGGGAGUGCAAAACCAUUCCGCUUUAAAUUGCACACAUCAGGGAAAAGUUUUGAGCUUUCAGCUACAGAUCUUCGCAGCAGGAAUGAAUGGAUUACAGCAAUACAAAAAGCAGCUGACUUUGGUGGACAAGAGUGUUCCUUCCAGAAAUAUGAGCUGAGGGAGAGAGAAAAAUUGAGAAAGGCUCGGCGAGACAAAAUAGCAGAAGAAGAAUUUGGCAAGUCCAAGAUGAUGGAAGCUCUUGAAAAUAGAGAAAAAAUGCUUUUAAAGGAACAUGAGGAAAGACUGAAGGAAAAGUUUCUCUUGGAAAAAAGAGAACAAGAGUUGGAAGCAGAAAGACAGAAAAGACUUGAGGUGGAGGCAAAAUUGGCCGAAGAAGAAGCACAGCUAGAGGAAGAACGACGGCGACUUAAGGAACUUGAAGAAAUAAAAGCUACUCUGGAACGACUGUUAGAUGAGGAACGCCAGGCUAAACAAGAUGAAGAAAUUGUCCGCCAACUGCAAGGACGGCUUCUUCUAGAAGAAACAGAAAAGAGAGAGGAGCUGGAGAGGUUGAAGCUGGAGCAGGAACAACUUCUUGAACAUGAAAGAUUAGAAAAGGCUGGCCUUGAAGAUGAACGUUCACAUCAGACAGCCUUGCUAGAGGAAAUUCAGCGAGAGCUAAUGCGACUGCAGGAAGAAAGGCUACAAGCUGACCAGAAAUAUUUGGAGGCAGAAGAGAAGAUAAAGUUGGCAGAACUGGAACGACACAAAAUGGAAGAAAGACUUCGUCUUCGAGAAAUGUCUACCUCAAGAUCUCUGCGAGCACCUAGACCUGUGCCAAACCCUGACCCCUUUAUUACUCACAGAGGCAAAGGUGCUUUUGUGGAAGCUGAUUUUUGCAGACGUCCAUCUAUUGAUGAUGCAUGCAUACCUGAAAAUUCAGCUGAUGAAAAUGAAACUUCUCAUGGAGUUCAACCUUCAGAAUCAGGAACAUGUACUUUUGUAGAAGCAGACUCUCACGAUCUCUGUACCUAUGCUACACCUGCAUAUGAAAAGUCAGAUGUCCAGAAUGAAACCUCCGAUGAAAUUCAAACAGCAGAGUCAAGAGAAGAUGGAAAUGGCUGACUGCAAACAACACAAAAAGCAUAGAGAGAGAGAUAUUAGCAGAGAAAUUAUAAAACGCUGAUUCAGCAGACAAAAAAAAAAAAUUAACAAAAUCAAAAUUGUCUCAAAGUUUACAAAUGUGGAAUAUUUUCUUUAAGCUUCCUGAAGCAUUGUGCCAUAACCACUUGAUAGUGAUGUAGCAGUAGUGAAGAAGCCAAAUAUAUUUUUGAAUACUUCAUAUCAGACAUAAAGUGGCAUUGAAGCUAUGUGAUGUUUUGUUUUGUUACGUUGCAUAUACUGUGGUUUGAACAAAAAUAUUUUUUUACAUUUUAUGAUGAAUUACAACAGCAAACAAGAUGGUUUUUUCCAUGUGACAGAUUAUUCAGCUUAAUCUGCCACCAUUGUUUAGCAAUUUGAAAGCUGGGUUCAGCAGGGUUUCUGUUUGUAACCAGAGCAUUAGACACAGAUGUUUAUGUAAAGUGCGACAGGUGUAGUAUUAUUACUGCUUGCUUAUACAUUCUGCUCAUUUCUCCACUAGAAAAUGUACAUCAUGCUAUUACCAAGUCUCGUCUUAUUUGUAAAAAAUUACAUUCCAAAGAAGAUUGCAUUUAUUUUCAGGUAAAUUAUCUUUUUAAAGUGCCUUGAUACAUGUGCCAGUAGUGCCUGGAAGCUGGUGAAAGUUACAAAGAAUACAGCUUAAAAUACAAACCACACAAGAUUAUGUGGUCUUCCAAAAUAGUGGAAUGUAAGAUAAGGAGUGGGAAGAAUGUGCGCAACUUCAUCCCAUAGGAAUCAUUAUUACAUUUCCUCCAUCAUUUGUUGAGUUAUAGAAAUGUUGCUAAAUAAUUGCCUCUGAAUAAUUCAGUGAGAACAAGAUACAAUAUCUGAAUCACCAAGUGUGACUAUGAGAAGCUUGUUUAAUGCAGCAUCAAGUGUGAUCAUCCUAUUUGAUAUAGUUUCCAGGUGUAAUGUUACACAUGGACACAACUUUUUGUGAAGUAACCAGUGACAACAACUUACAUAUGCCACAUAAUACCAUGUAGCCACCAAAAUUAGUGACUGACAUCGGUCCCCAUCUUUCCAAUGAAGCCAACCUUGUGGGGAAAAAAUUAUUAUAGAACUCAUUUUAAAAUUUAGGAUCAAGUAAAUAAACGUUCAAGAUCUAAAACUUAGUGUGAAAUGCAACUUACAAACAGGUCAGCAUGCUGUGAUGUUAAACAAACGCAAGAACGCUGUAAAUUUCUAACUAUGAACUGCACAAACAGAAAGAAGCUUGGUCUGUAGACUGCAUGAAUCUGUUUAAUGAAAGCAGUCUUGUGAAUGGAAGGUCCAAGGACACCUGCAAGCCAUACUCUUGAAAAAUUUUGUCAGAAAAUACACAUUUUGGUUGAGUUUCUUUUAAUUAGCUCAUAAAUUGUUUACCUUCCCAUUGUACCCUGCAGACAAUAAUUUGAGGACAUGGUAUAAUAAUGCUUAUAAAGGGAUAUCAAAGAAGUAUUUUUAUUUUUGUGGUCACUGAAUCACAAGAUGAUUAAGCAGGUUGAAUUUCUACAUCUUAAUAAACUUGGUACCAUAUUUCAAGGCAUUACAAUAAAAGGAAUUAUUUUUGUGUCCUUGUAUUAAUUUGCCUAUCAGCAUAUCAAUACUCCAUGAUCCUCUGAGCAUUGUGAGUGCUAAAGAUAGAGAUCCUUUUCACUUUUGUCUGAAAUGUGGAAGAAAAUAGCUUUACGAACUGACAAGAGUUAGGUGCGUGUAAGUUAUAUGAUGCUUUCAACAGUUUAUGACCAAAAAAAGUUCUUAGAUUACAGCUGCAUUUCACUCUUUUUGGUGUGAAUAAUCUACUUUUGUAUAUGCUGCUUUUCUCGAUGUAUCAGAAACAACUAAUAUUCACUUUAUUCAAUGUCAAGCUAUUCCAAAUGCAUAGGGACCAAAUUGUGUUGCAAUUUUACAUAGAAGACUGAUAUGCAAAGAGUAAUCAGAGGAAACUGAUAAGUUUAGUUAUAUUGGUUAAGAGACAAACACCGUUUUGGGUUUACUCUUAAUAAACAUUAUAAUUUGUGGUUGUCAUUGUGAUAAAUUGCUGGCUUAUGAAGGGAAACAUUUCUUGGAUUUUACUUUGUUAAAGAAUAUAUUUUAUCUUGCAUGUUUUUUUGUCUAUAUCAAGGUUUGUAUAUGACCUGGUGGUGGAAUUCAGCAUUGUGGUCUCUGACUUGCAAAAUGACCUUUGCCCUAUUGAUCAAAAUCUCAGUAUUGUCUCAAAUUCCUUGUAUUACAAUGCUGUACUUGCCUGCUUUUUCAGUAUUUGAAUCAUUACUUGGAUUGGGUUUUUUGGUUUUGUUUCCUAUUACAUCUGAAAACUAUAUGGAGUCGAAUCUUUGAACAUAGAGCCUCAAACAGAAAUAAUCUCCCUUACUUGCUUACCUUAUAAAUUUUACGUCUAGGAGGAGGUUGGUGCUGGUACAUUCCAGCAAAUUAGAACAAGAACAAACCUGUGUCUUGUAAAUGCAUCAGCUUUAAAUAUCUCUUUCUCUCACACACAUGCACACACACACACAAAGCUUUUUCCGCUUCACAAAUUUCUCUUGCAUUUUGUUAAGAGUUGACCUUACCUCCUGCCUUGUCUCAAGAGAAGGCUUACUGUUAUGGCAGCACUCAAAAACCGGAGCUUUCAAUCACAAAGUGAGAAUAUAGGUCAAUCCAAGUUUUUGGUUUUUUUUUUAAAAAAAACCCUUAAAUUACAGUGCAUAGUGUUUUGCUAAUCUUUCAGCAACUUUUGCUUUAAUUUAUGGCAGCAAAUAGAGCUAGUAGUAAAAAUGCAAAAGAAAACAGGAUAAAUUGCUGGUUAAAAAUAAUAAUUUUUUAUAGUUUGCUUUCCUAUUUUUAUGGGAAAGUUUUCUGUGUGAUAUGUAUUUGAUCCUUGAGUUUCUUCGCGUAGUUUAGUUAAAUCGUUGAGAAAGAUUUUAGACACCUGUUCGUUCCAGUUCCAUUCAGAUCACACUGAAGAAAAGGCAGUUCUAUGACCUUAUAUGGUCAGAGAUAUUGGAGCCUGUGUUUUGGGGCCAGCUUUUGUGAUGAUGAUGCCCAUGCAUAUUCUGUCCCAUGCUGCUUUAUCUUUGCCAACCAUCUAUGGUCGCGGUUUUCAACCUGUGGGGUGCGCCCCCCCCCCCCUUUGUGGGGGUGCGACAUGCUGACAAGGGGGUGUGAAGGCAGCAUUUUUUAAAAGUUUCUCAUAUCUCAUAUUGGUAUUCAUGAAAUUAGCUAGUGGGGGGAGGGGGGCAUGUGGACAUACUUUUUUUGUCUAGUAGUCAUCACAAGUAAACAGUUGAGAAACGUUUCUCUAUGGAGUUCACAACUCGGGGUGGUUGGGUGGUAGCAUGCUGUGUCACAUGGGUAUUAAACUGGCUAGUUUACUUUUUCAGAUUUGAACAACAUUGCUGUAACUACCGAGCUAUGUUCCUGAUCACACUAUAAACAGUAUUAAAUAUAUUUUCAAAGUUCUUCUUCAUCUCUCUUUAAGUGAAAAGUUUAUGUAUUCAGGUUCAACAAUCAUUUUAUAUACAGUGAACAUUGGGAAACUAUGAAGAAGAUUCAAAAUACAUUUUUUUAGCAUCUGUCUGUAGUACAUCUUUUGUUACAUUAUCUGAUUUCUCAGUAUAAAUUGUUGAUUUUUAUAUUCAAUUUUAAGCAAUAAAAACAAAGAAAACCUACA